UUUAGUAUGAUACAUUUUUAUUAAUACAAACAAUAUUAGUCAUCAAUUUGAAUAAUUAUUAUUAUAAAUAAAAAAAAAAAAAUAAAUAUGCUUACUAAUAAUCCGGUAGUUAAUUUUGAAUCAUCAACAUUGAAAGAAAAAAUAGAAAGUGACAUAAAUAAUAGCUUGACAUCAAAUAUUAUUGAAGAAAUUGGAAAAUCACCAUAUACAUAUAAUUUGGGGUACGAACAAUUCAUUAAAAAUCUAUAUGUUACCAUAAUACAUUCGAUGGUUUGUGAUGCUGAUUUAAUAUCUAAUCGUAUCAAAUUUAGUGUUGUUGAUAUACCAUUAAUCGAGCCGAUUAUUUUAGUUGAAGAUGACGAGAGUCAAUUAUUACACGUAUUAUCACGCUCAUUGAUGCGUCGCAUUUUUCAUCACAAAGGUAAUUUGAAAAUAAUUAGCAGUGACAUGGUAUCAUCAACGUCUCUAGUUAAUGAUAAUAAUAAUAACAAUAAUGAUAAAAAUUCGUCACAUUUUUCACCAACAAAAAUGUUAAAAUUGAAAGAUGAUAAAAAUUAUCGUGAAUUAAACGAAGAUUCAAUUUAUUUGUCAAGUAUUAUUCAAGAAAAAUUAUUAUUGUGUUAUGUCACUGUCGAGCAUGCUGCUAUGCACUACUGUCAAUAUAUAUUAAAUGGUGAUAAUCCAGAUUAUGAGCAUAAUUUAUUAGAAGACAUUAAAGUUAAACGUUCGAAACAUAUUUUCCUACAUGAAUUAAUCACUACAAAAGAAAGUCGUACAAUUGAUAGAUAUUUAGGUAAAUAAAUAUGUAUUAAUCAUUUGAAUUUUAAAGAUUAAUUUUACAUGAAUUGCUCACCAAUUUAUGAGUCAAUUACAAAAAAAAAAUUUUUUUCAGAUUAGUAAUAAAUUAUUGUACAACUCAUAAAAUUUUUUUGCUUUUUAUUAUUUAUUAGUGGAUAAAGUCAAGUCUGGAAAUUUCAUGAGAAUUGAAAUAAAAAAAUAAUCUAAUCAUUUGAGUUGAACAUCAACAAAGUAUUUCUAAUUAUAACUAAAACUUAUUUAUAGAAUUGUGUAUUGAAUUUAUGUAAAGAGGAGGAAUAUAAAUAUUUACAUAUGAAUAUAUAAAUGUAUCUCUCUCCCUUGAAAAAGGCGGAGAGAUGUUCUCUCCGCCCAGUCCACGAGGGACUGAAGAUAUUUUUAAUCAAACACUCAUAUUUAUAGUUUUCCAAAUUUUACCCCUCUACAUUUACAUUACGUCAUUUGAUCUACUAUAAGAUUUUGUGAAAACGAAUAUUUGUGUCAUAAAUUUAGAUUAUCUUGAAUUUUCUUUGAAAAAAAUCAAAAACAAAAAUUGCCGCAAUGUAUAUUUUAUGAUUAAACUUUUCCAUACAGAAUUUUACUGUACUUUUUAAAAAUUUUUUGAAUUGGAAACGCUUCGCGUUUGAGGUCGUGCAAAAGAAACACUAAUGAAUAAGCCUGACUUGAUGAAACGACUCAAUUUUUUUUUCACGAUAUUCAGAAUUAUGCAGAGGAGGCUCCUUUCGAAAAUCACUACUGUAGCCUUUCUCGUUUUUUUUAUAAUAAAUCAUUACUGUUAAUACUGACAGUUUUACAUGUGAACAAACACACACUUCAAAAAUUUUUAUAAGGAAUGUUUGCCUUAUCUUACUUUUUUUGUUAACUUUUAUUACCGUAUAUUUACCAUGGAAAUUUCUAUGACAAAAAAGGAAGCUGAUUCAAACUUGUUUGAAAUUUAACUUUUUGAAAUAUAGAAUUAACGUUCGAGGCAUGCACUUUCGGAUUGUCCAAAUCUUUUAUUUAAAAUUACUUUUUUCGGUUAAACAAAGAAGAACCACCGAUAACAUUUCGUCAAAAAAUAUUGUGUUAUACAGAUAAAUUUUUUUGAGCUUCUUCAAGUGGAAUACAAGGUGCACUUUUGGAUUUAAAAAAAAAUCAUUUUCAAUACUGUUUUAAAAUUUUAAAUCUUUGGGUUCUGUAAACCGAAGGAUAAUAUCUCUGUGUUAUUUUUAUAUAUGUAAGUGGUAUUGUAUUAUAUUGCAUCUGUGCGAUCAGUAUAUGCCUCGCUCUCUGGCGUUCUUGUAAAUUUCCCAGUAGUCUUUAGGCGCGGUUAAUUGAUGAUUCUUACUAUUUGAGCUAUCUGGAGUCUCGUUCGUUGAUUUUUUAUCGAAAAGUAAUUUAUUUUCAGCAUAGAGCCAAGCAUGUAUAGCAU